AUGUAUGAGUAUCCCUCAUAUACUACAGUGGCAACGAGGAUGAAAAGAACAUUCAUGUAUAGUUUUGACCAAGAAAUUAUCGAAGAGAAAACGGGGUGGAUAUACCUCUUGAAUAAAACGGACUUGUGUGAUAAGCUAAGUGAAGUGAACGCGACUUUUGAUCCAACGGUAUCGAUCGAUAUACUGAGGCGGGAAUUCGUGGAAAUUUUCAAAGGAAUCGUUACCGAUCGCAAAAAUACAAAAGAAGGUGCACCGACCAAAAUGACGGCGUUACUCACGACGAUUGAGGCAUUUAAGGAAGGUGCAACUGAGGAAAAAAAAGUCCCGCUGCUGAUCACAAAGCUGACACCGAGUGUUUACGAAAUUCUGAAAACAUUGUGUACGCCACAAACACCAUUGCAGAAAACGUACGAGCAAUUAGGGACUCUGGUGGCGGAAUACUGUCAGCCGAGUAAGGGCGAGGCGGUCGAGCGGUACACGUUUCGUCAACGAAAGCAACAACAAGACGAAAAGGUUCAACAAUAUGCAACGGAAUUACGACGAUUAGCGACCAAGUGCAAUUUCGCGAACACGGAGAGCGAAAUAAUAGAACAACUUUUAGUGGGCUUAAGUAAUAAUAAUAUCCGCCUAGACAUUUUAAAAAAAGAAAAUAUGCCGAGUUUAUCGGAAAUCAUCCGCAUCGCGAACGCUAUCGAAUUGGGCGAGUCGGGAGCAGCGCGAGUGGUCACAACGGAGGAAAACCAAGCGAAUGUAUUCGCGAUUCGAGCUUGGACAAAUUCUAAGAAUCGAAACACAACAGCGCCCGGUCGCCAACGAAGAGUCGGCGCGGGGGGACGGCCGGUGAGUACGCCACUGGACAGUACACAGUCAUCGGGAACAUCAUCGCGUGAGGAUUCAUGUUAUUGUUGUGGUAAAGUGGGACACCGCCGAGCUAGUUGUACGCUGCGAUUCAAAUUUUGUAGCGAAUGUGGAACUCAGGGUCAUAUAUUUAGGAGAUGCCCGCGUAAACAAGACCGAGAAAGUCGGUCGACCACGAGCGACACGCGCCAAAAUGUUUUGAAUUUGGUCGAAACCGACACAGGGACGGAAGAGAUGAAGGAACUAAAUAUAAAUGACAUCGUUGAGAACGAGGACGAAGACGGUUUUGAUUCCGUGUUCUCAGCACAGGACGAAGGACAGAGCGAUCACAUAAAGCCAUGUUGGGUUGAAUUGUUGAUAAAUCAUAAAAGGGUGAAAAUGGAAGUGGAUUUGGGGUCCGCAAUCUCGGUAAUCUCGCUCCAGGAGAAAAAUAGAUUAUUUCCAACUGUGGCGUUAACCGACACGCAGAGAAGAUUUAAAGCGUUUGACGGUCGUAGGGUGUACCCAGCGAGGGUAUUAAAGGACGUGGCCGUAGAGUUUGGAAAUAUAAAAAAAAAUCUUUCCUUAUACGUGAUUACCGGAGUGAACCACCCACUCCUCGGGCGCGAGUGGUUAGUGGCCUUACAGCAGUGGCCAAUCCAAUUCAAAAAAAUUAAAGAGUCGGACGAAUGUAACCACAUACAGGAAGGUGUGGAAGAGGGCAAAUUCUCUAAAAUCUGCGAUAAUUAUCGAGCAGUUUUUACACCGGGGGUCGGUUUGUUCAAAAAGGGCACAUUAGAUUUGAAAGUCAAACCGGGGAGUAUCCCAAAAUGCUUAAAGGCUCGACCGAUCCCGUUAGCACUCAAGCCGUUAGUGGAAAACGAAAUAAAACGAUUAUUGAAGUCCAACAUCCUUAAACCAGUGGAGUAUAGCCAGUGGACCACGCCCAUUGUACCUGUGUUAAAGGGGGACGGUUCCGUGAGGGUGUGCGGUGAUUUCAAGCUAACGCUGUAUCCGGUCCUGGAAAUUGAUCAUUUCCCCAUGCCACGGAUGGAGCAAUUAUUCGCGGCGUUGCAAGGGUGCACGGUAUUUAGUAAAAUUGUUUUGAAAGAUGCGUAUCAACAAGUCCCGUUAACCGAACAGGCCCAAGGUCUGGUUGUGAUAAUAACUCAUUUAGGGCUGUUCAAAUACACGCGACUGCCGUACGGUGUCUCCACAGGACCUGGUUCAUUCCAACGCAUUUUGUCAUAA